GUGGCAAUACCGUGGAUUUUGCCUAGACUAGACACAGUUCAUGUCAGAAUUGACAAGAAUGUACUUUUUGUAGGUUAGGAUAAUUCACACACCAGGUUACGAUAAUCAAUGUGACAGGUUAGGAUAAUUAGGUCAAGGUUAGGAAAGGGCUAGGCUAAAAUAAAUCAACUUUUGACGUAUAUUUGACAUAAACUGCAUCCCAUCUAGCGAUGAGCAAUACUGUGGCACUGAAACGGUCAGCUGCACAGAUCAGGAACAAGGAAGACACAUCGCUACUAGAUACCAUACAUCUUUGAAGCGUGCCUGUACUAUCGGCAGGGAACAGAUAGAAAGGUUGAACAAGUUACGGAUCUCACGCUGCUUCAGAACGCAAGCUUGGUCUCGAACAGUAAAGCUGGUGGCGCGAUCUGUCGCGAUGUUGUAAACCAUGGACAGCAGAAUAAACGAGAUUCCGGAAAGGACGUUUGAUUUGGUACUACAGAUUGCAUGCCCAACAUCUGAAAAUGAAGAAUUCCGUGCUGAAGAUGGCCCAUUUCUGGCUGCAGAAACUCAAAGAUCCUGCCGUGCUGUGGAGCUUCCCCCAGGACUACACAGACCAGGAGUUUCUCCAGACGAUACCCAAGUUCUGCUUCCCCUUCGAUGUGGAGAGGGUUUCCCAGAGUCAGGUGGGCCAGAACUUUACCUUUGUGCUGACGGACAUCGAGAGCAAGCAGAGGUUUGGCUUCUGCAGACUCACUUCCGGCUGCCGUGUCUGCAUCUGUCUGCUCAGUUAUCUCCCCUGGUUUGAGAUCUACUACAAGUUCCUGAACACACUAGCAGAUUACCUAACCAAAAACCAGGAGAAUGAGCUGAAUGACAUGCUGAACUCACUGUACAGCCUGCCGGUGCCAAAGCCCUUCACCCCAGUCAACCUGAGUGUGACCGCGCUGUUGCAUAUAGCCACUGGGCAAGUACUGAGAGAUGCACCAAGCCGGCAGCCGCACUCCUACUUCAUAGCCCCAGAUAUCAACGGCUUGCCCACAAUCCCCGAGAGUAGGAACCUGACAGAGUAUUUUGUGGCGGUGGACGUCAACAAUAUGCUGCAUCUGUACGCCAGCAUGCUGCACGAAAGACGCAUCAUCAUUACCUCAAGCAAGCUUAGCACUUUAACUGCGUGUGUCCACGGCUCUGCUGCCAUGUUGUUCCCCAUGAACUGGCAGCACAUUUACAUCCCUGUACUGCCUCCACAUCUACUGGACUACUGCUGUGCCCCCAUGCCAUACCUUGUGGGAGUUCAUCUCAGUCUGCUGGAGAGAGUGCGCAGCAGGUCAUUGGAGGAUGUAGUGAUUCUGAAUGUGGACACCAACACACUGGAGAGCCCCCAGGAUGACCUGCAGAACCUGCCCAGCGACGUGGUCCACUCUCUGAAGAGUAAGCUAAAGAAGCAGUCGACAUCAACAGGAAGCGGAGUAGCAAGGGCCUUCCUCCGGGCUCAGGCUGCUCUGUUUGGAUCCUACCGAGAUGCCCUACGAUACAAACCUGGGGAACCAGUCACGUUCUGCGAGGAGAGCUUUGUGGCUCACCGCUCCAGCACCAUGAGAAACUUCUUGGAGAUGGCGGUCAACCUGCAGCUCUUCAAACAGUUUAUUGACGGCCGACUGGCCAAGCUGAAUGCAGGCCGAGGCUUCACUGACCUGUUUGAAGAGGAGAUCAGUGAGGGAGGCUUCUGUGGAAGUAAUUCCAGAUCUUAUCAACAGUGGGUGCACACCGUCAAGAGAGGCGGCGUGCUGAUCAACACUGCAAUGACUAAGGCCAAGAGUCAUGCCAAGAGGGGCAUUCGCAGGCUCAAGCAAAGGGUGACCUAUGAAGAGGAGGAUGAUGGGCCGUUCUGCUCAGGGUCUCCCACCAGCACCAAGAGUCUGUCACCACGGAGACUGCAGAAGAGGAGACAUCAUUAUUAUGCAAAGUCUUCCAUGGGAUGUCCUGACUUUGCCAUCGAUGACGAUGAACUGGACACUGCCAGCAAGAUCUCGUCUGAGGACAGUGGGGAGAUGCCGUCCUACACUGAGGACAGCGACGACUCCUAUUCGUUGGAGCUAGACACAGACUCCUCCCACACAGGCCAGAUGAACCUAUUAGAGGAGAUCCUUGACUCUCUGAGCACCACCAGCACAGAGCAUGGAAAACUCAGCGCUGCCAAGAGCCUGGACUUCUUCAGAUCUAUGGACGACAUCGACUAUAAGUCUCCGAACAAGUCCAACCCCCACAGUGAGAGUAAUCUGCCCCAGAUGUGUACCAGUGGCAGCAGGGUGGGGGGAGUAUGUGGGGGAGGGGAACAGGGAGGAAGCUGGCAGGAUGACAGUGCCCUCCACGGGAAGCACCUGCCCCCCUCCCCUCGUAGACAGCCUAGCAAGAGCAGCCUCAAGAAGCCAAAGCAAAACCCCUUGACAGCCUCUCCACCGGCCACAGCUGCAGUCCCAGCCAAGGACAACAAGGUCCCCAAUCUCCUGCCCAAGAUCCAGGCCCUUCAGACCAAGACCCAGCCCCUUCAUGCCAAGCCCCCAAUCUGUCUCUCUAAGCCCCGUCCAGAGGAGCCUUCGCUCCCAACACCUCCAUCACCACACCUGGGAGACCAAAACCCCUCUUCCAUCCGCUCUCCUGCACCAACCCGUGCAUCCACACACAAUCCUCCACCGGCAACACACACCCCUCCACACACCUCAACGCUGACCCUUGUUAGAGCCUCCACAGACCCACAGCCUGAGUCUGAGACCAAACCCCAGACCACAUCCAGCAUCCUGCGGGGGAAUGUGCUGUCCAAGGAGACGGCGAGGCAGGACCAGGCCCUCCGGAGGCAGGGCAGUCAGGACAAAGAGAGGCAGGGUGUGAAGGCCGGGCAGCCCUCUGUGCCGGUCCCCUGGGAGAGAGGGAGGCCAGAGGAGGGGGGGCAGGGAGAGGACCAGGGCCUAGGGCUGGGGUUGGGGAAGGAACAGGGCAGGGUCUUUGGGGCAGAGGUCCAGGAGAAAGGCCUGCUAGAGGAAAUAGAGUCUAUGUGUCAUCUCAGCUCAGCCUUCCAGACCAGCAUACAGAUGUCCCAGGUCCAGUGCCACACCAACAACACACAUAAUAAUACCCACGCCAACAGCCACAGCAAAGCCACCGACAAGUCCUGAGACGGACAGGGAAAGGGGUACUUGAGGUAGAAGUUGCCCUUAAGAAUCAGACUGCCCUCCCCAAAUCCUACCCUUAACCACUGAGUGAAAAAUGUUUACGAAAAGAUCCGUGUGUUUAAACAGAGAAUAAAUAAAUUUUUCCUUCGAUCUGAAAGUAUUGUAAAAACACAAAGUAAACCCCCUUGACCUUGGUCACUCUUCCACUGUACAGUCUCCUAACACAAUGCCUUAAACCAGGGAUGGGACGCCUUUUGUAGGUCUGAGGACCAAUUUCACCAAAAAUAUACAACCUUUUUUUUAGGAACUCAGUCGGGGUUUCAGCUUGCUGUUAAGAGUUAGAAUAAUAGAGUACACAAGGUGCAAUUUCUAAAUGUAAAUGUGCAUCAGUAGUCACUCAAUUAGCCCAUGUCGGCUACAUUUAAAAAAAAUUGGUCAGUUAGUCUAGUGGCCAGCUACCUAAACUUGUAGUAAGCAUGGUCGAAUUAUAUAUUAAAAACUGUUAACAUUUGCCUCCACCCUCUAUGGCACAAUGUGUGUAAUUACAGGAAAUUAGCUGUAAAAUGUCUAAUUAUUCUCUCUGCCCC